AUGGAGGCCCAAUCACCGCAGAAGAAACGAGUGAUAGUCAUCGGCUCUGGUCUAGCAGGGCUAACAGUUGCAUACCUCCUUCACAACGACCCAAAAUGCGAAUAUGAUGUUGAAAUCUUUGAAUCCGGCUCCCACCCGUCAAUAGACGCAACAACCCUCCCCACAAACCUCGAAAUCGACAUUCCUAUGCGGACAUUUUCAAAAAACUACUACAGGACACUACACACCUUGUACAAGCACUUGAACCUCCCAAUCCACUUGCAAAAGUUCACUUUCAUCUUCGCCACCCUCUCCUCCGGUCAAUCCCGACCCAAAAUCUACUACACGCACCCUAGCAACUUCCACGCCUUUCCUGCGCCCACACCCGGGGUCAACCCGCUUUCCCACAUCAUGACACUAGUGGUAUUAUACCUAGCAUACAUUUACUUCACCCUUUGCAUCUUCCUUCUCCACCCGAGCGAGGACGAAACGGUAUCAUCUUGGCUACGCCGAAGCCGCUUACCGGAAUGGGUGGUAAAGGAUUACUUCCUGCCAAUGUUUGGCAUCGUUGGAACCUGUAGUUCCGCAGAAGUACUCUCAUCCCCAGUCCAUGACGUAAUAGCCUAUCGUCGUGGGAUGCUCUUCCGCAGACACUACGUCGUGGGCGGCGGCGUGGGUGUAAUCCGGCAACGACUUCUUCACGGUAUCCCCAUCCAGCUAAACCGCCGCGUUCGCAGGGUCUGCAAAACCCCCCGCGGCCUCAGCAUAAACUGGCAUGGAGGCGAUGGGGAAGAGGUAGCAGACGCGGUAGUCUUCGCCGUACCCCCUGACGUCCUCGCGGGCAUAUACGCCCCGUUAGCACCAUCACUAUCGCAGUUACCAACAACCAAAGUCAAGGUCUACGCGCACACCGAUUGCACGGUACUAGCACCCUCCUACUCCCUCCUCUCCCGGUCUUUCUCCCCGGCCAAAGACCACGUUGCGGUACAACUCACGACGUCAAACAAACGCACCAGCGCGACGGAGGUACACGCUGGAGUUAUGGUCAGCACGACGCCGCAAUUGGUGCCGGAGAAGGAUAAAGUAGUUGUAGAGGUGGAGUAUACGAGGGUGCUGAGGACGCCGGAGAGUAGGAGGAUUGUUAAUGCGCUCCUGGAUGGCGAUGGUGGGGAGGGGGAAGGGUGGAGGAAUGGGGAUGGUGGGGUUUGGGUUGUAGGUGGGUGGUGUUGGGAUGGGAUGGUUUUACUUGAAGGUUGUGUUAAGAGUGCGGUCAGGGUUUGGGAAGGGGGGUUUGGUGGCAGGAUUGAGGAUUUGGGGAGGGUUGGGAGUGGUCUGUCGUGA